AUCUCGGAUUCAGUUUAGGUCCUGAUUCCACAGACGAAUCAACAAAUUUAUCCAGUUGUGGUUCUUCAAAAUUCGUUGUAAAAUUUUUGGCACAAAAUUUCAAAAUUUUUUUCUCAAAAUGUUUAAGAGAACCGCUUUUAUUUUAAGUCGGUGCUUACAGCCCACUUUAAUACGGCCGCACCACAUCAAUGUCUUUCCAAACUUGAAGGAAGACGUUGCUAGUCCCGAUGAUCUUCCAAAUCAGUGGCAAAAAAGAUUUGUCGACGGCUCUACUCACAUUCAGGAGCCCAUUAGUUUUGCGUUCGUUAACCCAAUGCAACGAAAGUUCUUGCAAAACCUGGAGCAGCAGCAGGCUCUUAAAAUCAAGGAAGGGAAUCAGAAUGAACUUGAAAAUAUGAAAAAUGAUUGCCGGAGGAUGGCGUUAGAAAUCACAAUGGCUGCAAAAGGGGGCGACAUUAAAAAAGCCUGCAAGAAACUGGCUCAAAAAGAAAAGUGCAAAAAGAAAGAACUGAAAAAAAAGUGCAAGGAACUGGCUCAAAAAGAAAAGUGCAAGAAAUUGAAGAAAAAGGACAAAUGCGCGAAAAAAGAUCCUUGCAAAAAGAAAGACCCUUGCAAAAAGAAAGAUCCCUGCAAAAAGAAAGAUCCCUGCAAAAAGAAAGACCCCUGCAAAAAGAAAGACCCCUGCAAAAAGAAAGAUCCGUGCAAGAAAAAGGAUGGUGAUAUAAAAAAGAAGUGCAAGAAAUUGGCCGAAAAGGAAAAAUGCAAAAAACUGGCCAAGAAAGAAAAGGUGAAAAAGUUGCAGAAAAAGUGUAAGAAAAUGGCUGAGAAGGAAAAAUGCAAGAAACUGGCCAAAAAAGACAAAUGCAAGAAAAAGUAAUAGACUAAAGAUUGAGUAGAAUAAGCAAUAAAAUACCCAUUUUAAAUUUGUCACUGAA